CUUCACUUUUCCCAGCAUUCUCCUUUCCGGCCAGGCCUUGCGUCAUUGCCGCUUCGUCUUCUCAUUGGCCAGUUGGCGGGUGGCGGCGCCUGCGCGCUGCAUUCUUUUGAGGGUCGCGGGUAGACGCCAUUUUGGUCCCAGAGGUGCUUCUGGGAAGUAGAGCGCUGACCCGCGCGCAUAUCCGUUUCCCGGUCGGAGCGUUCGCCUGUCGCUACUGCUGCUGUCUUGCUCAGAGGUCCCCCAAACCCUUUGGUCGGGCGGAAGGGUCAGGGCACCGGGCCGCGCCACCGAGGAACACACCGCGGGAAGGAGGGGACGGGGGCGGUGCGGGGCGCGGACACUCCCCGCUGAGAGCCUGCCCGCCAUGGAUUCGGAAUAUUAUUGUGGCGACCAGUCAGCAGAUGAUGGUGGUGCUACCCCAGUACAGGAUGAACGGGAUUCAGGGUCAGACGUUGAGGAUGCUGUAAAUGAGCAGCACUCUGGAUCAGACACUGGAAGUGUAGAACGUCAUUCAGAGAAUGAACCUAGUGAUCGAGAAGAUGGCCUCACCAAAAGGCAUCAUGUGAUAGACUCUGAGAAUGAUGACCACCCAAAUCUUAAUGCUAGUGACUCUGAAAGUGAGGAGCUUCACGGACAGAAGGACAGCGAUUCUGAAUCUGAAGAGCAUCCAGAGCCUCCUGCAAGUGAUUCUGAAAAUGAGGAUAUCAAUCACCACGGGAGUGACUCUGAGAGUGAGGAGACCAAGAAAUUACCUGUUAGCGACUCUGAAAAUGAAGAACUUCUUAACGGGCAUGCAAGUGACUCAGAAAACGAAGAUGUUCAAAAGCAUCCUGCCAGUGAUUCAGGAACUGAAGAGCUCCAGAAAAGUCCUGCCAGUGACUCUGAGACAGAGGAUGCUCUAAAACCUCCAGUCAGUGAUUCUGAGAGUGAGGAACCCCCAAGGCAUCAAGGCAGUGACUCAGAAAAUGAGCUCCCCAAACCUCGAGUCAGUGACUCAGAAAGUGAGGAGCUUCCUAAACCUCAGGUCAGUGACUCAGAAAGUGAGGAGCCUCGGAGGAAUCAGGCCAGUGACUCUGAAACUGAGGAGCUUCCCAAACCCCGCAUCAGUGACUCAGAAAGUGAGGACCCUCCAAAGCACCGAGCCAGUGACUCUGAAAACGAGGAGCUUCCCAAACCCCGCAUCAGUGACUCAGAAAGUGAGGGUCCCCCAAGGCAUCCAGCCAGUGACUCAGAAAACGAAGAGCUUCCAAAACCCCAAAUUAGUGAUUCAGAAAGUGAGGACCCCCCAAGAAACCAGGCCAGUGACUCUGAAAAUGAGGAGCUUCCCAAACCCCAAGUCAGUGACUCUGAGAGUGAGGAGCCACAGAAGGGAAGGGCCAGUGAUUCAGAAACCGAGGAUUCCUCCCGCCACAAACAGAAGCCUGAGUCAGAUGAUGACAGCGAUGGCGAGAACAGGGGAGAGGAUGUAGAAGUGCAAAAUGACUCCUUUAAUUCAAAUAGCCAUACAGAGAGAAAAAGGUUUCACAGUUCUGACAGUGAGGAGGAAGAACCAAAAAGGCAGAAGAUUGACAGUGAUGAAGAUGAAGAAAAAGAGGGAGAGGAGGAGAAAGUAGCAAAGCGGAAAGCUGCUGUCCUUUCUGAUAGCGAAGAUGAAGAGAAAGCAUCAAAGAAGAGUCGUGUUGUCUCUGAUGCAGAUGAUUCUGACAGUGAUGUUAUAUCAGAAAAAGCAGGCAGAAGAGAAAAGACUGUAGCAUCAGACAGUGAAGAAGAAGUAGGGAAAGAAGAAUUGUCUGAUAAGAAAAACGAAGAGAAGGAUCUAUUUGGGAGUGACAGUGAGUCGGGGAAUGAAGAAGAAAACCUUAUUGCAGACAUAUUCGGAGAAUCUGGUGAUGAAGAGGAAGAAGAGUUUACAGGUUUUAACCAAGAAGAUUUGGAAGAAGAAAAAGCUGAAACACAUAUAAAAGAAGCAGAAGAUUCAGAUUCUGAUGAUAACAUAAAGAGAGGAAAACAUAUGGACUUUCUGUCAGAUUUCGAGAUGAUGCUGCAGCGGAAGAAGAGCUUGAGUGGCAAGCGCAGACGCAACCGUGAUGGCGGCACCUUUAUUAGUGACGCAGACGACGUUGUGAGCGCCAUGAUCGUGAAGAUGAAUGAAGCCGCUGAGGAAGACAGGCAGUUGAACAAUCAAAAAAAGCCAGCACUAAAAAAAUUAACUUUAUUACCUACUGUUGUUAUGCAUCUUAAGAAGCAGGACCUGAAAGAAACGUUUAUUGACAGUGGUGUGAUGUCCGCCAUCAAAGAAUGGCUCUCACCUCUACCAGAUAGGAGUCUGCCUGCUCUAAAGAUUCGGGAGGAGCUGUUGAAGAUUCUGCAAGAGCUACCUAGUGUGAGCCAGGAGACUCUGAAGCAUAGUGGGAUUGGACGAGCAGUGAUGUAUCUCUAUAAACACCCCAAGGAAUCAAGGUCCAACAAGGACAUGGCAGGGAAAUUAAUCAAUGAGUGGUCUCGGCCUAUAUUUGGUCUUACCUCAAACUACAAAGGGAUGACAAGAGAAGAAAGGGAGCAGAGAGAUCUAGAACAAAUGCCUCAGCGACGAAGAAUGAGCAGCACUGGUGGUCAGACACCCCGAAGAGACCUGGAAAAGGUGUUAACAGGAGAAGAAAAAGCUCUUAGACCUGGAGAUCCUGGAUUCUGUGCUCGAGCAAGGGUCCCGAUGCCCUCAAACAAGGACUACGUUGUCAGGCCCAAGUGGAACGUGGAAAUGGAGUCAUCCAGGUUUCAGGGCACCUCCAAGAAGGGUAUCAGCCGGCUGGAUAAACAGAUGAGAAAGUUCACAGAUAUCAGGAAAAAAAGCAGAUCUGCACAUGCAGUGAAAAUCAGCAUCGAGGGCAAUAAAAUGCCAUUGUGACUGCGCCUGGGGCGGACCCGCAUCUGUAAGAAAUGCCUGAGAGACACUUUGGAAGAAGAUGACGUUUUAAAAUUUUUUUAGUGUAUCUGUAAAUGGUUGGUUCCACUUGUAUUAAAUGUUGUCAUAGGACUAGCGUUUCUGUCAAUUGUAUUUAAAACUGUUUGUUGUGUACUUUGUACAGAAGAAUAUUAGUCAUACUGCUAUAAAUUUUACACAAUAAAAUUCCUCUCUGGUUUUGGGGGGCUGUCUCUUCAUUGUCUUAGAGUAUACAUUCUCAGUGGGGGCAAAAAUUGGUUCUUGGGAGUUGAAAAAAAUCUUAGAUAUUACAGUGGUUUGUGGCCCUCCAGAAUCUUACCCAACAAAAUUUUAUUCCUUACCAUUUCUCUUGUUAGGGAAAAAUCUAAUUCAUUUUAAUUAAUGAAUGUAAAUUUAAAUUUUCUCCUUAGGGGGACAGUAGUGAGGAAAAGGUUGAGAAAUACUGCUUUAGAGGAAAUCUGUAUGCAGUUGAAAAUCACUGUGAAUUGCUUAUAGCAGUUGGGUAACUGGAGUAGAGAUAAGAAUUGUAGCUGUAUUUCCUGUUGCUCUGCUUUUGUGAUUUUUUUUUUUUUAAUUGUUCCUAAAGACUAUUUUGAGAAAUCCCUGCUGGGUCAAGAUGACUAAAUCCAAGAAAAUUUAUCAUUAAAUCGUCUUAAUCAUAGAAAAUGUACUGUGAUACAAAUGGUGGGGGGGUAGAGUAUCUGGCAACCUCAAUUUUCAAAAACACGAGAAUCUUACUGGCCAUAAAGGCAUUUGAACAUCUAAAAUAGCAUGAUGCUUUUGCACUAAAGCACUUUACUCAUAAGAGAACCUCUCAGGGCCUGUUAACACUUAAUUUCAACAAAUUUUAGAAGCGCAGAUGGCAUAGUGAAGUUGCAAGAGAUAGGUGCACUAAAGGCAUUAAAAGGUAAUAGCUAACCACCUAGUCGGAAAUAGAAAAGCCUAUAUGAUUGUCUGCAGCAUGGUUUUUACUUUAUAUAAAAAACCCACUGCCUUCGAGUAGAUGCCAGCUCCUAACAACCCUAUAGGACAAAGUAGAACUGCCCCGUAGGGUUUCCAAGGCUAUAAAUCUUUAAGGAAGCAGACUGCCACAUCUUUCUCCCUCAGAGUGGCUGGUGGAUUCGAACCGCUGACCUUAUGGUUGGUAGCCGAGGGCUUUAAUGACUGUGCCACCGGGGCAGUGGUUAUAUAAAUACCCUCAAAACACUUGCAAUGACUCAAAGCACAUCCAUCUAGUCGAAGGCCUUACAGGCGUUCUGAAAGGCAUAAGUAGUAGUUUUUAGGAAAGUUUGAAUUGAUUAGUACAGCCUGUUGCCAUUUAAUGGGGUAAGCACAAAUUAUCUGGACAUUUAUGUAGGGUAAAACCAGUGGUGCCUGGUAAUAAGGCAAUAUUUUGGGAGUCAAAAUCCUAAGAGAGACCCUCUUUUUAAAACUACUUGGUGCAUGGUUUUAAGAAGUCUCAACCCUGGCUGACCAAAAUAACUUAAAAUUUUGAAAAUACUUCAGAUUUACGAUAAAAUUUCAAGAACAACAAAUACACACUAUU